AUAAUAAACAAUUGUGUUUAUAUAUUUUUUAGAUUUUUAGGCUUCAGUAAGGAACCAAUGGGGGACCUUAUAUUAGCUUAGCUAUAGAAAUUGAACAUUUUAUAAGCUUUAACGUUAAAAUCAUUUGCAAGUGUUCAUAAUUUUGACAACAUUUGAAUUUAAAAUACUUAUAAAAAAAAUCGUGCUUAUGAAUUUUUUAUACCAGUAUCGUCUCGACGCCCCCUGACGUACAAUUCCCGGUGUAGGUGGGUUGGUUUGAAUAAUAGACCCAACAGUCUCAACACGUUUUUGUUUGUGUGUAAGACAACUAUAUUUCAAAUACUUUAAAUUUUAAAAUAGUGGCACCCAAUCAACUUCGAUGUACAUCGAAGGUCUUGACUAGGCUGACGGCCGAUGGGUUUAUCGUGUUCUUGCAGAUCUGCAACACCCUGGAAAGUCUGAUAUCUCUGAAUCUGAUGUCUGUCGUGUUGUGCUUGUGCCCCAAGGGGCACACUACGUGCCAGAUAUACAUGACGACACACUGUGCCCGCUGUUCCAGACGCCGAUGAUUACUAAAAUUAUUCAAAAUGAAUCAAUAGAAAUAAAAAUGUCUAUAUUUAAAAAAAAAAACAGGCUGAAUACGUAAUUUGACAAUUUAACCAAACGCAGACACGAAUAAUGGUGAUGCCUUAAAUAAAUGUAUAAUGCAAACAAAUUUAACACAAAGAAUCUUAAACUCGGUCUAAACCUUUUUUCUUUAAUAUUAAAGUUGUUGGUAAUAGAACGUUUUUUAAGAUUCAUACAUUAAAAUAUAAAAGUAUAUACCUUUUUAAAAUGAUAAUACUACGUAAUAUUGAUACUAAACUAAAGCUUUUAUUGACUCAGACAACUAGCUGUGCCAAAGGGGUGUUUUGAAGUUAACGCACGGUACAUACGUAUUUGCGUGACGAAACAUGCAGGGGUCUUAUUGUUAUCUAGCUAUGGUAACAGUUCAUAUAUCUAACAAACAAUUGGAAUUUUACUUCAUAAGUAUAAAAUAAGAAUUUAAAUUUAUAUCUUAGUUUAUUAGAUAUUAUUGUUAAUUAAAACCUUAUUAAUAUUUUAUUAAAAUGAUUUACGGCGGUAAACCUAUGAAACCCGUACCACCGACUAAAGCAGGUAUUUCUAUAUCUACGCCAUUUAGAGGACCUCAACCAUAUACGUACGGGUUUUUAGCUAAACAACCGGGAAAUGAUUACAAAAUUCGACUUCGUGACAUAGAACGAAUGCGCACAGAAAGGUUAAGAAUACAAAAUGAAAAUGAUUUUAAAAGUAUAUUAAGAGAAGCUCAGCAUAAGGAAAUGAUUGACGUGGCAGAUAAAAAGUGUUUAUACAAUCAAAUAAAAAGAAUGGUUGAAUGUGGAAUGAAAGCUAACGAACAUUUAUUUAUAGAAGAACCUCCAAAGCCAGAAUUAAAAUUAGAAGAGGAACCAGAAAAACCAAAAAUUGUCCAAGAAGAUUUAAUAGAAAAGGCAAAAGAAAUUAAAAAAAGAAUUGACGAGGAAGAACGUAAAUUAGUGGAAGAAAAACGUUUACAGAUGUUCAUACAAAACUCUGAAGAAUUGAGAUUCGCUGCAAUGACUAAACGUAAAAAUGAUAUAGCUCAUAUAAACUAUACAAUUAUUCAAGAAAAUGAAAAAUCCAAUAAAGAACAAAAAAUUAAAAUGAGAGAAUUGGCUAAUAUUGAAAAUGCAGAAUUAUUUAAAAAUCAGAGUCUUGAAAGAGAAGAAAAUAAGCGUAAGCUUUUGGAGAAAAAACUGCAGUUUCGAAAAGAAUUGUUUGAACAAGUAGUACAAAAAGAAGCAAUACUAGAACAGCAAAAAGAGUUAAAAGCGAUCGAAUGCAAGAACAUUAAAAAGUUGAAUGAAAAGUUGAAUGAAGAAGAAAAAUUUGAAAAAUUGGAACGUAAAAAAAAACAAUUACAGACAAAAGAAGAAAUAGCACAAUUCACCAAAGAAAGAGCGAAUUUGUUUUCAAAAAUGAACGAGGCCACAGCAAUGUUUGAUGAAACAUUUAAAAUCACAAUGAAACAAAAUUUAAAGGAUGAUUCAGCAGACGCACUCGAAGCAAAGCUCCAGUUGUUACGUGAAAACGAAUUGUUUAAAGAACAUCAAGCAAUUAUUAAAGAAGAACGCAAAAGGCAAAGUGAUGAAGUAUCAAAAACAGUAAUGAGACAAAUAAAUGAAAUUGAAGAGCUUAAAUUAUCUAUUGAACGUGAAAAUACUGAAGCACGACGAAAGCGAAUGAAGGAGGGUCAUAAUGCUUUAAUGGAACAAAUAAAAGCACGUAGAAAGCUUUUAGAAGAACAAAAUGAAUUGAAACGUGAAAUGUUUAAACAAUCGAUAAAAGAAAACGAAGACUACCUAAAAGAGGAAAAACUACAGUGGGAAAAUAAAAAACAAUACAAAUGGCAGUUUAGAAAAGAUCUAAACGACCAAAUUAAGUCCAGCAAGGAAUUAAUCGAAAAACAAAGAAAAAUCGAUUUGGAGAACCAUCAGAAACUCAUGAUGGAAUUAGCCGAACAAGAAAAAUUACUAAAAAAACUAUUAUCUGAACUGUGAACUUGCAAGUAGUAUCACUUUUUCAUAAACAAUGUUCAUAUUAUCUAUUGAACUCAGAUUUUUAUCAUUUUGUAAUAUCACGAUUCAUGAUGGAACUGUGUAGUUGACCUUUUUUUCAUAUUAACUUUUAUUACCAGGUACCUACCUGUAUGUAUUGUAGUGGUUUUCCUUAGUUUUAGUAUUUAUCAUUUAAAUAAAUACAAGAAAUAAAAUAAAAAUUUAGAUUAAUUAAUACUCAAAGUUAAAUUUUGUUGAUAUGAUUUUCAUUGUAUAUGUGCAUUACGCCAUUAUUAUAGAUUUCAUAAAAUUAUACCCAUUUUAAAUAUUUGUAUUUUGAAAUUCAAUGUAGCCAGUAGUACAUACAACGAAUAAUAUCUAACUAUAGGUGUAACAAGGUGUAACAAAGUUAGUAAUGCUUAUUAUUUUAAUUUUUAAGGCCAUUAACUGUACUAGAAGUUAUUAAUUAUAAUUUAUGAAUGUAUAACAAUUCUAAAAAAAUGUGUAUUAUUGUGCUAGAUUAAAGCACGUAGUACAAGCUGUUGUAAUUAAACGGGCGAUAGACCCCCCAGAAUUACCUUUUAUUUAUAUUUAAUAUUUAUAAUAAUCAAAU